AUGUAUUUUCCAUCUACUGGAAAAGUAUACUGUUUUCCAUGUGUUCUUUUUGGUGAAGUCCAAAGCCAAUCGCAAUUUCAAACAGGAUUUUCUGAUUGGAAAAAUGCAUCGCCUAGAAUUCAAUCCCAUGAGAAUAGUGCAACGCACCGAGAAUGUCUACAGACACUGAUUAAUAGACGGCGUGUUCAAGGCCGAAUCGACACCUCUUUGGAAAUCACAUUCAACAAAGAAAGAGAAUAUUGGAUAAAAGUUUUACAAAGAGUGGUUUCGGUGAUUAAAUUGUUAGCAUCCCGUGGAUUGGCAUUUCGUGGCAAUGAUGAAGUUAUUGGCUCUCAAAAUAAUAGCAACUAUUUAGGAAUUUUAGAAUUACUUGCGGAGUACGAUCCGUUCCUUAGUUCGCAUUUGGCAAAACAUGGUAAUGUUGGAAAAGGAAGACAAUCAUAUUUGUCUUCAACAAUUUGCGAGGAACUUAUUAAAGUAUUUGGAAGUAAGGUUUUAAAAUUUAUUGUUAACGAAAUUAUUGAAGCCAAAUAUUUCUCAAUAAGCGUCGAUUCGACCCCUGACAUAUCUCAUAUCGAUCAGUUGACUAUAGUGCUGAGAUACGUAUCGUCGAAUGGAGAAGUAGAAGAACGUUUUCUUACAUUUAUUCCUAUCGUAAGUCACAAAGGGGAAGAAAUAGCUGCUACAAUUUUAAAUUUUUUUAAACAAUAUAACAUUGAUAUAAAAAAUGCGAGAGGUCAGGCUUACGAUAAUGCUUCGAAUAUGUCUGGUUGUUACAAUGGUCUGCAGGCGCAUAUCAAGAAAAUAAAUCGUCUCGCACACUACGUUCCAUGUGCAGCGCACUCACUGAAUUUGGUUGGAGUACGUGCUGCGGAGAGCUGGGUUGGAGCAAUCUCAUUCUUCGGAUUUAUACAGGGAUUGUACAACUUUUUUUCGGCGUCAACUCAUCGUUGGAGAAUUAUGCUCGAAAAUCUCGAAAAAGAAGAUGAAUGUAAAAAAUACUCGUCUUUAGUUCUGAAAAAUGUGUCCGACACGAGGUGGUGUGCAAGAGACGAUGCGGCUAAGGCUUUGUCAAAAGGCUAUAAGAGUUUUCAGAAAGCUUUGCAGUCUAUUGCUAAUGGUGAGACUUAG